UGGACCAAGAUCAAACCAGAACAGUGUGAGAAACUAGUAAUGUCCUGCGGGCACAGAUGUGCUGACGUCAUUCAAAGCAAGGGCCUCUAUACUUCCUACUUAUAAUUGAAAGCUGUAGCCCUCCAAAAAAUUUAAUUGUAAUCUACUUUUGUGCUACAUUGGUUACUGUUCUCUAAUUUUGAGCACUGUGUUUUCCACAAAAUAAAUGUGCCUAGAUUAUUUUGUAAAACAUGCUAGUAGAACAGUGAUAUACCCACAGCUAAUAUUCCUUCAGAUCUUGAGCAAUGAAGAUUAACAAUAUUUCACAAAAAGCAAGUGUGCCUAAAUUGUUCUCUAAUUUUGACCAUCCCUGUAGAUUAAUUGGCAACUACCAAAUGGCCUGAUAUGGUUGGUUCUGAGUUGGUUUCUGCUUUACUCUAAAUUAUCCCAGUUAACUGGGAAUAUUGUUAGAAUAAAUAAGAGAAGUUGGAUAGAUGGAUGAGCACUGCAAACCAACCUAAUGUGAAGUGUGCUGUAUGUAAAUAAACUGUGAAGAACAUUGCUAACAAAUCAAAUUACAAUGUGACGUGAUUAGCACUUGUAGCAUACUCUGUAUGUGACAAUAAUGAUCCUAUAAACUUGUAAACCAACAAACCUAUCAAUGACCUUAUUUCAUUGUCAGAAGCAAGCCUGGGACCUGUUUGUCUCUCCACCCCCUCAUUUACCACUGUCUCUGCAUCAAAGCUCGCACAUUAUGACAACACCACUUCUAUUAUCGUGAGACUUUGUCUAAUUACUAUAAACACACAUCACAUUUUGCUUCAAGUCAGUCAGUCAGCUCUUGAUAGAUGACAGCACCCUGACAGCUUAAUGGAGUCUCCAGGGAAAAAUCUCCUUUCCUUUCGAUCGCCAAGGACAAUGACAGCAAUACAACAGCAGCAUUACGUGACCAGCCGGCUACAAGAAAAUUUGACCCGGAGAGAGAGAAACCAGCAGUUUAAUCGGGAUAACCUGACACGCUACCUCAGGGAAGACAAGAUAUUGGAAGCCAGUAUGGUUUGUGCAGAUCGUGUUGAAAACAGACGACACCUGAGGAAACUGAAUAACGAGUACUAUGAGAGGAAUUUAGAGAAUGCCAUUGAGAUGGAAGAAAACGAAAAAGAGAUCAAAAGAAAACAAAUUGAAAAAGAUGAACUGAUAGCUAAAGAACACAUAAGAAUAGAAAAUGAAAUUCUAAAAGAUGAAAAAAUUAGACAACAAGCAAGGGAGAACAGUGAAGAGAUCCGUGAACUGGAACUAAAGCUGAAAUGUGCCUAUGUGUUCAAAGAAAGAGCAGAACAAAUGGCAAAAGCCAAAGCCAUGAAAUGUGAGCAACUGAAGCAUGAAGCUGAAAUGGCCAAGAAAAUGAAAUGCGAGUUUGAAAGAGAAACAGAAAAGGCGAAGAAGCAGCUAGAAGAGAAGCAAUUUGAAGAGAUGAUGAAGUAUCAGGAAGGCCUAGAGAUACAGCUGGAAGAAGACGAGAAGAAGAGGCAAGAUCAGUUGGAGGAAUUUUUGAAAGAGAAGAUGAUGGUUGAUGAAAUUGUUAGAAAGAUCUAUGCAGAAGAUCAAGAAGAAAGGCGCAAAAAAUUGGAAAAAAUGAAGACCGCCUGGCAGGAUAUAGAUGACUUUGCUCAACAACAAGCAGUGUGGAGACGUAGGGAACUUGAAAAAAUGGAAGAGGAAAACAAGCAAAUAAUAGAAUUCAUGAAGUUAAAGCAACACAGAGAAGAGACCAGAAAGGCCCAAAAGAACGAAAGAAGCGAAAGAAAGCAAGUUUUGCAGCAACAGAUUGCCCAACAACUUAAAGCAGAACAGGAACAACGUGAACAAGAAGAGCAAUUCAUCCUGGACUUGUGCCAUCAUGAAAAAGAUGAGGCUGAAAGGCAGAAAGAAAUUCAAGACAUGGAGAACAGAAUUCGCAAGCGCCUUGAGCUGAAGCAGAUAUUCCGUGAUCAAUUAGAUUUUAAGAAACUGAGGAAGCAGGCUGAAAAAGAGGAAGAAGAUGAAUGCAGACGGCAGUGGAUGGCUAAAUUUGCAGAAGAGGACCGUAUUGAGCAAAUGAAUGCCCAAAAGCGGCGAAUGAAACAGUUAGAGCAUCGCAGAAUCAUUGAGAAGAUUCUGGAAGAACGAAGACAUAGACUUUUGACAAUCAAAGAGCGAGAAAAAGAGGAGUAUAAAAGUGAACUCAAGUGGGAAGCUGACCGCCUUCAAAUCAUUGAGGAAGAAAGACAGACUCUCCUUAAACAGCAUGCCACUAAACUUCUGGGAUUCCUUCCUAGCGGUAUAUUCAAAGGAAAGGAAGAUCUGGAGUUGUUUGAUGAAGAUUUUCAGAAGAAUUUCCUGAAGAAAGACCUGGAGACAAUUUUGCAUGCGGCUGGAGACAACAAAUAAACUUUACUUACAUUAAAAAGGAUUUAGAUGUUUAAAUGAGUUCUGCAGUUGUGUAAGCACACACACGGCAUCUUAGUUUUGGGGAAUAUGUAGGGUGUGUGGAAGUAAUUACACCCAUUACAAAAGUUUAUGUAAUAAAAUGUAGACUUUAUAAAUUAAAUCCUUCUCUUUUUUCAGUUUGUAAUCCAGAUCAUUACCAUCAGUUUUAAACAAUCGCAGCAAAACUUGUAUGUGGAAUUUUGGGCUUCACACAAUUUCAUAAAGAAAGAGUGACGACAUCUGGAAUUUUACUUCAAUGUCGCAGCAGCACUGGCUGUGAUGUGAUAACUGUGCUGAGCGGCACAUUUAUGUUCUGGUAAGGCAAGUCAUUAUUUAGUGCCAAUGUUUUUACUUUCACACCAUAUAUUUUAAAUAGCAAUGUCAUCUUUAAAAUUGAUCAUGAAUGUGGAAUAUUAGUGUAUUUUAAGAUAGU